AUGAACAGCUUCGAGAGACUGGUAGCAGACAUCAAGGAUGUCCUCGGCCCCUCGUCCGGGAUAGACUCGGCGGACGUCGAUGUCGAAGACCUUACCCUCCUCAUGGAGCGGUACUCUUCCAACGUGGAUGAGUGGCGCAAGUACGCCAUGUCAAGCCCCAACAUGCCGUACACGAGGAACCUCGUCGACGAAGGCAACGGGAAGGCGAACCUGCUCGUCCUCGUGUGGACGCCUGGCAAAGGUAGCCCGAUCCAUGACCACGGCAACGCUCAUUGCGUCAUGAAGAUUCUCCACGGUGACCUGACCGAGACACGAUAUGACUUCCCAGAUGGGGACGAAGAGAAGCCCAUGGCGGUCAAGUCGGAAGUCGUGCACAGCAAGAACCAGGUUGCGUACAUGGCCGACGAACUCGGCUUGCACCGCGUGUCGAACCAAGGAACUGAUUAUGCCGUCUCGCUACACCUGUACACACCCCCAAACGUGGCCAAGCAUGGCUGCCAUGUCUUCAAUAGCACCACGGGCUCGAAAACCCAUGUCGGCAAGUGUGGCUUUUAUUCUGCGUUUGGCGAGAAGCUGGCGAAAGCUUGA